GUUCGCUCGUGCCUCCAGAGGUCAGUCGAGUCGGCAAACGUGUUCGAAGCGUGGUAAGAGCUUUGUUUCUUUUGCGGCUUCGUUUAUCGCUAAUUUUAGUCGUUACUAAUCACAAUUCACAAUGUUCCGAAAUGUUAUACCGAGAACGAUGCAAAGUAUUUUAGGUGUUAACUAUAAACAAAUGUGUACAAAUAUGAAGUUGGAAAAAACUAUUAAUCAGAUCACCCUAUUGGGAAGGGUAGGAAACGAUCCGCAAAAGAGGGGAAACGAAGAACAUCCCCUCGUUACCUUUUCCCUUGCCACGCACAGUAACUACAAAUAUGGGAAUGGAGACUUCGUGCAACGAACAGACUGGCACAAAAUAUGCGUUUUCAAACCAAUGCUCCGCGACACUGUGACAACCUACUUGAAAAGAGGCCAGAGAAUACUAGUCAUGGGAAAAGUGAGUUACGGUGAAUAUAAAGACGAGGAAGGUCAUGCGAAACCUAGCACGGCAAUAAUAGCAGAGGAAAUUGUAUUCUUUCAUAUACCUUGACCCAUAGAUUUGCACAUACCAAUUUUGUAAGCAUUUUUGAUUAUCGAAUAAAGUACACCCCGGGCGAGAUUGCGAAUA